AACUGGGAGGAAGGGCUGCAGGGGGCUUAUUCUGCCUUUUCAGCUGGGGCGUUCGGGACUAGGUCUUCCCAUCACCGUUCUUCCUGUGGGAUUCCCUGGUGGCCGCAAUACUCAACCUCGGGACUCUGUCCUGCUUCGUGGGAUCCUCUCCUCCUUGAGACUGUUCCCCAUCACGUUCCUCAUGGAGCCCAUCAAUCAAGGGUCUCCCCUAGUGUCUCACCCUUCUCCCCUGCCCAAGUGCCCUCUGUGGCCUUUUCCUGGCUCGCUCUGGUGACUCUAGCGUCUCUCUCCCAGGAUGUUCCGCCGAGAGCGCUCCAUCCCACUUCGCGACUCUGCCGCCGCCCUGUCUAACAACCUCAGUGUACUGCAGCUUCCAGCCCGUGAUCUCACGCAUUUUGGAGUGGUUCAUGGACCGAGCGCCCAGAUUCUCAGCGCUGCCCCUGAGGGUGUGCCCUUGGCCCAGCGCCAGCUCCAAGUCAAAGUGGGCGUUGGAGUGAAUCCCCCACUUAUCACUCAGGUCCACUGGUGUGUCCUCCCCUUCAGAGUACUGCUGGUUCUCACCUCACAUCGAAGAAUACAGAUGUACGAAUCUGACGGCUCCCUCAUGGUCUAUUGGCAUGCCUUGGAUUCAGGAGAUGCGUCUCCAGCACAGGCUAUGUUUGCCCGAGGAAUCGCUGCCAAUGUUCACUUCAUCUGUGUGGGAACAUGGUCCGGUCGGGUACUGGUGUUUGACAUCCCUGCUAAGGGUCCCAACAUUGUACUGAACGAGGAGCUGGCUGGGCACCAGACGCCAAUCACAGACAUUGCCACUGAGCGUGCCCAGGGGCAGGAUGGUGUUGCUGACAUGGUGACAGCCGAUGACUCUGGUGUUCUGUGUGUCUGGAGGUCAGGAACUGCGUUCACAUUACUGACUCGAAUACCAGGAUUCGGGGUCCCUUGCCCCUCCGUGCAGCUGUGGCAGGGCAUUGUGGCAGCAGGAUAUGGGAAUGGGCAAGUGCGUCUGUAUGAUGCCAUUACAGGAGCACUCCAUGUCCAGAUCAGUGCCCAUGCCCGGACCGUCUGUGCCCUGGACCUCGCUCCAGAAGUAGGCAAGCUCCUCUCUGCAGCUGAGGACACAUUUGUGCACAUCUGGAAGCUGAACAGGAGUCCAGAGAAUGGCUCCAUUGAGGUUGAACACUGCCAUGGUGAAUGUGUUUCUGACACCCAGGUGUGUGGUGCUCGGUUCUGUGACCCAUCAGGGAGCUCCUUUGCGGUGACAGGUUAUGACCUUGCUGAGAUCCUGCGAUUCAGCAGUGUCUGAGAGAGGAGCAGCCGUCCCUUCUCCCUUGGUAUUUAUAAAGAAUUCCUUCCACGAA